GACAAUCUCAGUAGGGGGAUGCGCCCUAUAUAUAGCCUGACCGUUUUCACUUCCGGUCUUACAUUCGACGUGGAUAAACUACAGUUUCUAGCCAAUAUCACUGAAGUAGAGCAUGUAACCAAGUGUGGAAAGACAUACUGAACUUGCUGUGUGCAAGUCAAAGUCUCGGUUUCCAUGGAGACUUUGCUAUCGGACUCCGACAGUUACUAUGAUGACCAUAGAGCCAGGCAAAGGUCACAUGCUGUUAAAUACUCCAAGGUCAGAAUAUCCGACCUUGAGGAUGAAUCAGAUGAACUUGAUGGAGACUUAGAAGUGGUGUCUUUGAUACAGCGUGAUGCUGGUAGUGAUAAUGAGGAAGACUUCACGGGACCAACAUUCACCGUACAGGAGGCUAUAGACUCUCUCGGCUUCGGACUUUUCCAGUUGAAGCUGUUUUUAAUCUGCGGAUUGUUUACAGCAGCUGAUGCCAUGGAAAUGAUGUUACUGGCCGUUUUAUCACCUGUCCUAAGAUGUGAGUGGCAACUUGAAAAAUAUCAAGUGGCUCUCAUCACCACGGUUGUGUUCAUUGGUAUGGGUAUAACAGCACCAAUCUGGGGAGCCAUGGGGGACAAGUUUGGUCGCAGAACUACAUUGUACAUGGUAAGCCUGUGGAUUGGCUACUUUGGACUGCUGACGACCUUUAGUCCUUCCUAUAUAUGGAUCCUGAUACUGAGGAGCUUGGUUGGAGGUGGUCUGGCAGGAUCACCACAAGCAUUCGCUAUACUUACAGAAUAUUUACCAUCGAAUCAUCGAGCAAAACUGCUAAAUUUAACACAGAUCAGCUGGGCGAUGGGGACAUCAUUUGAGAUCAUUGCAGCUGCUGUUGUUCUCCCUAAUUUGGGCUGGCGGUGGCUCCUCUUUAUCUCCUCAAUACCCAGCUUCAUCAUCUGCAUUGUCAUGAAGUCGCUCCCAGAGUCGGCCAGAUAUUUAGUGGCAGCUGGAAGGAAGGAAGAGGCUAUCAAAGUGUUGAAGAAAGCUGCCAAGACUAACAGUGCUACUAUACCAGAGGGCCGCCUCAUCAGCAGUGUUGUGACUGAGCAAGGAAAAAUGAGGGAUUUAUUUUCGCCAAUGUACAGGAAAACUACGCUUCAGGUGUGGUUACUCUGGUUUGCCACGGCAUUCUCCUAUUAUGGCAUGGUCCUAGCUAGUGCGGAAAUACUCCAAGUCCACAAUGCUAAAAAUGAAGGGGGAGGGAACUGCGCAUGUAACCUCCUGAAAUAUGACGACUACAUCACAAUGAUCAUAUCAACGUUUGGAGAAUUCAUUUGUCUUCCUGUGAAUAUGAUUCUCUUUGACAUCAUAGGGCGGCGUAAGACUGGGGCAAUAGAUCUGGCAGGAUGUGCAGUUUUCUUUAUUUUACUACAAAUAAAUAUGCCUCAAAAUGUCCUCACUGCUGUGAUGUUGUUAGUGAGAGGCUUCUCCGCAGCAAACUUUAAUUUUGUCUAUAUCUACACAGCCGAGGUGUACCCUACAACUAUUAGGACCCUGGGUAUUGGGACAGCCUCGGCCUGGGCAAGAGUUGGUGCAAUGCUUACCCCUUUUGUGGCACAGGUACUACUUGAUCAGUCCCUGACGGCGGCUGUAUGGGUGUAUGGAUCACUGGGCUUGAUGGCAGCUGUCUGUUCCUGGACUCUCCCCAUAGAAACCAAGUCACGUGCUCUUCCUCAAUCAGUAAAACUUGAAGAAGAAGAAGAUACUUGACCACCAAGCCAGUAGUUAUUUUAUCACUUGGAUAGUCUAGCCGUCUUUGCUCAUGAGGCCCAGAUAUUGAGUUGUACACAUUUAAAUACUUCUAAGUAUUGUUCAAAGAAAUACCCCUCCCCCUCCCCCUCCCCCUCCCCCUGGGUUUCUAUCAUUCAAGUAUUUAAAGUCAUUCAGAUUUCAUUCUUUGAUGGGAUGACUCUAAUUUAAGUAUUUAACUAAAAUUAAAAACUACAUAGCAGAGAUAAUAAUAAACUCCAUACCAUCUUUAAACCAAUGGAGAUAAUAUACAAGUCACCUCUUAUCAUUGUAUCGACUCAAAUAACUAUGCCACUGACCGGAGCAAUUUUGUAAACACUCACUGCUGUUCACUCACUCACCUUGUUGUUCAAGCACAAUAACACAUUACUACAUCAUUACUAUGUACCAUUAAAUGAUAUUUACUAUGUUUAUAAGAUACCAUUGUAUUUUUGAUGAAAUUGUUUUAAUGUUGCGGGGGAAAAGGUAAUGCUUUAUUACUGUAAUUCUAGAGUGGGUGGAGAAGCUGUAGAUUGAGAUAUAUUUUAUAUAUAACCUUUUGAUGACGGGUACAUAGCAGUGACCUAGAAAUGCUUUCUACAUGUAUAAAUGGUAUAAUGGUAUUGACCUUGGUUGCAAGAAACAAUAAUAUUGGGUUGGAAUGCUGUGAUAUUGAGUGACUUUAAUAUUGAGUUGGGAUGCAUGCACAGUGAUGUUUAGAGACCAUAAUAUUAGAUAUGAAUGCAGUAAUGUUGAGAGACCAUUGCAAUGUGGAUUUUGAAUGUUAAGUUGUUGAGAGAUAACUACAAUGUUGAGGUGAAAUGUGAUGUUAAGAGACCAUUACAAAGUUGAGUUUGAAAGUUGUGAUGUUCAGAGACCAUUACAGUGUUUGUUUGGGAUGAUGUAAUGUUGAUAGACCAUAAUAUUGAAUUGGAAUACUGUGAUAUUCAGAGACCAUUACAAUGUAGAGUUGGAAUGAUGCAAUGUUGUUUAGAGACCAUAACAAUGUAGAGUUGGAAUGAUACGACUUUAAGAGACCAUAACAAUGCAAUUUCGAAUGUCAUAAUGUUGAAACACCAUUGCAAUGUUGAAAUGGAGUGUCAGUGAUAUUGAGAGACCAUUAAAAUGUUCGAGUUUGAAUGAUGUGAUGAUGAGAGACCAUAUCAAAGUUGAGGUAGAAUGUUGUAAUGUGGAGAGACCAUUACAAUGUUGAGUUGGAGUGUUGUGAUGUUGAGUAACCAUAAUGUUCAGUUGGAAUGUAGUGAUGUUGAGAGACCAUAAUGUUGAGUUGGAGUGUUGUGAUGUUGAGAGACCGUAAUGUUGAGUUGGAUUGUUGUGAUGAUGAGAGACCGUAAUGUUGAGUUGGAUUGUUGUGAUGAUGAGAGACCGUAAUGUUGAGUUGGAUUGUUGUGAUGUUGAGAGACCUUAAUGUUGAGUUGGAGUGUUGUGGUGUUGAGAGUUUGUAAUGUUGAGUUGGAGUGUUGUGAUGUUGAGAGACCAUAAUGUUGAGUUGGAGUGAUGUGAUGUUGAGAGACCAUAAUGUUGAGUUGGAGUGUUGUGAUGUUGAGAGACCAUAAUGUUGAGUUGGAGUGUUGUGAUGUUGAGAGACCGUAAUGUUGAGUUGGAGUGUUGUGAUGUUGAGAGACCGUAAUGUUGAGUUGGAGUGUUGUGAUGUUGAGAGACCGUAAUGUUGAGUUGGAGUGUUGUGAUGUUGAGAGACCGUAAUGUUGAGUUGGAGUGUUGUGAUGUUGAGAGACCGUAAUGUUGAGUUGGAGUGUUGUGAUGUUGAGAGACCAUAAUGUUGAGUUGGAGUGUUGUGAUGUUGAGAGACCGUAAUGUUGAGUUGGAGUGUUGUGAUGUUGAGAGACCGUAAUGUUGAGUUGGAGUGUUGUGAUGUUGAGAGACUGUAAUGUUGAGUUGGAGUGUUGUGAUGUUGAGAGACCGUAAUGUUGAGUUGGAGUGUUGUGAUGUUGAGAGACUGUAAUGUUGAGUUGGAGUGUUGUGAUGUUGAGAGACCGUAAUGUUGAGUUGGAGUGUUGUGAUGUUGAGAGACCGUAAUGUUGAGUUGGAGUGAUGUGAUGUUGAGAGACCAUAAUGUUGAGUUGGAGCGUUGUGAUGUUGAGAGACCAUAAUGUUGAGUUGGAGUGUUGUGAUGUUGAGAGACCGUAAUGUUGAGUUGGAGUGAUGUGAUGUUGAGAGACCAUAAUGUUGAGUUGGAGUGUUGUGAUGUUGAGAGCCAGUACAAUGUUUAAUGUUUGGUAAUGAUUGCUAUGAUACUGGUGAAUGCUGUGAUACUCAAGAGAGACUGUUUUGUUGUUGUAUUAUAUGAUGUUAAAAUUCUCAUCUUUGCGAUGCAUUGUUGGAAGAUAACAUUUUUUAUGAUAUGCAUAUAUAUUACAUUUUUCUACACAUGCAAGUUUACCCGAUCCACUGAAGAAUUACAUAUAUUUUUGAUGAUUUUAGUUUUGUAUAACAUCCAAACCUCAAUAUCAUCAAUCAUUCCACAAAGAUUUGUUUUAUACGAAAAAUUAAAAAGGGUAAUACAGAAUAUAUUGAAACAUAUCAGACUGUGUAGAUCGUGUAUGACAAUGCCUCACAUUUAUGUUCAUAACAAAUUACUGUUCUGUUAACUUGUAAGUGCAGUUUAAAAACAACAAUUCAGUCAUCAAAAAUUCUCAAUAAAUAAUCCUGCCACCUAUAAUUCCAGUAGAUAAUCAAGUCAUCUUCAUUUACAUUACCUAAUUAAUCCCAUCAAUGUCGUUCCCGACAGCAGGGUUAUAAACAGAUUGUGUAUCUACACUGUAGGCUAUAAAACAGUACUGGAUUAGUAGUGGCCGAGUCUGUUGAACAUUUGUCAACACAUAAACAGUUUUAAUCUUUUUAGAUAUUAGAUAAGCAUAAUUGAAAAUGAGAUUUACUUUGUAAUUGUUGAUAUGCUCUGGUUAUAUAUAUUUAAAUAUAUUUGUUCUUCAAAAUGAACACAAAUACAUUUUGAAAUGACAUUGUUUUAGAUCUGUAGUCAAUAUGUUUACCAGUGAUAUACAUUUUGUAUAUACAAAAACUGAUACUAUCAGUAAGUAUACACAUCUUAGAUGUAUGAUAACUAUACAUAUCGGUCCUAAGAAUAGCUGAAAUUUUCCCCUUGUCACAUGUCAAUCGUAUCUGAAGUAGUUGACAUAAGAUGUGUAUGAGGUAAACUCGGUAAUUCUGUAUUGUUUGCAGGAACAUUAAAAACAUUGAAAAUUUGUAAAUUGCAUGAGAAAAUUGAGAAAAAUUCCUUUGGGGUGAUGUUGAUUUUUAUAUUCAGCUUGAGAUAACAAAUAUAUAUUAGUUUACCCAUUUUAAUAAAAAAAAAUUCUGACAUUCUCAAUAUUACAAUAGAAACACUGGUGUUAACAAAACAAAACAUAAAAGAGUUAUAAUUGUAGUAUGAUUGACCUGCUUCUCUUGUCCCAGUAUGGUCAUAUUAAAUAUAAUUAUUUACCUUUCUGCUUACUUUCAAUAUAGAACUUUACAUCAUGUUUAUUAAUAAUAUGGCGUCACUUAUUAGUCUGAAAAGGUACAAUGUAAUGAGUAUAACAGUAGGCUUUAUUAGUGUGCAUGCUUGUUAAAUUAUAUUUAAUGAUGAUUUCUCUAAAACAUUUUUCCAUAUGCAGCAUACUUUUAUAAAGUGUCGUUGGCUUUAGAGUUAAACAUUCAUUUGUAAAUUUAUAGCUGUUAAAUUCAUGUAUAGUGGUAAGAUAUUUAAAUGUGAUGAAACAAAGUUUGAAUAAGUUUUAAGAGAACUUGCCAAAAACUAUCUUGCAACUCGCUAAAAAUAUCAUUUGAAACUGCAUGGCCAAAAAUAUUUAAUUUUGAACUCGCCAAAAAUCUCGUUUGGAACUCGAGCUACGUCCUUUCGAACUCGCCAAAAUUAUCAUUUGGAAUAUUCACCAAAAAUAUCAUUCAGAACUAGGCAGAAGUAUCGUUUGUAACUCGCCAAACAUAUCAAAUGGAAUUCGCAAUAUAUAAUUUGGAACUAGCCAGAAAUACUUGGAAUAUGCCAAAAAUAUAAUUUAGAACUAGCCAGAAAUAUCAUUUAGAACUACCAGAAAUAUCACUUGGCACUCGCCAGAGACAAAGAAUGUUAAUGAUAAGUGCUAGUAUUAUGCUAUAUUUUCGGUAUAUGUAGCAGUAACGAUUUGGAAUCGUGCCAUUGCUUGUACUCUAUAAAACUUAACCAUG